GGACAGCAUCCUUAUCCCCCUUCCUCAGCCAGGCCAUCGCUCUCCCUCUUCCUCGCGAUCGGUCACCGCUCCACUUUCCUCGUGACCGGUCGCGCGCUCCCCCUUCCGAGCGAAGAUGAGGAGCUCCCUGCCCGCGCCGCCCUCCACCUCCACCAUCCUCGUCGAUAAAAGAUGGGAAGCCCUCUGGCCCCGCUCAUGGGGCCCUCGUCGGCCACGAGUCCCGCCUCUCCGUGGUGCGAGCAGGGGAUAGCGCCGGCGACACUGCACAACCAUGGGCAGUGGCAAAGGGGGGGAGGAGACGACAUGCGAUGAGGGGAGGAGGAGAAGGGGGAAGGGAAGGGAGGAGGGGGAGCAGGCGCCGCUCGCGGUGGGGAGCAGGGGUGGUGAUGGCGGUGGCGGCGGCAACGGCGACUAUGGUCGGCUACGGCCGGUGAAGAACCAGAGGUUUUUCUAUCAAAUUGAUGAAAAAAGGCGGCUUCCGGUAAAAACCAAUUCAGAGGGUGUCGUUUGAUAAAAGUUCAAUGUUAAAAGAUUAUACUUUAUUUAUUUCAAAUUUGAUGUUGUAAGUUACUGCCCGGAGUAUAGAAAGCUUCAUGCCAGAGUGGCAUAUGAGUUGGAUAAUGAUGCUGAUUUGGGGCACUCACAUUGGCAUGGUGGUCCAACUUCGCGCACGUAAUUUUUCACGUGGCACACGCGUAGCUCGUUCUUAAAAGCCAAGUCUCUGCUGCACCUGCUUCCUUCCCCCCGCAGAAAACUACCUCCACAGCAUUGGCAUCUGAUCGCCGUCAAAGCAAGGUAGCGGCCGCGGAUGGAGCGGACAAGAGACGGGGAUGGGCCGAGGGGAAGCGGCGGCGCGCCUGCGCUCUCCUUCUUCCCGUCCCCGUCCUCGUCCUCUUCCUCCGACUUCGAGUUCACCGUCUCCCUCUCCCCCUCCUCCAAGCGCUCCUGCUCCCAGUUGUGCCCCGCCGACGAGCUCUUCUACAAAGGCCAGCUCCUCCCCCUCCACCUCUCCCCUCGCAUCUCCAUGGUCCGAACUCUCAUCCUCGCCUCCGCCUCCUCCUCCUCCACCGACACCACCACCACCGAAUCCCGCGACUCCAACGGCAGCUCCUCCUCCUCCGCCUUCUCCGUCGCCGACCUCAUCCUCCCGGAGUGCGACUCCUCCCGUCCCAGCUCCGUCACCGAGGAGGACGCCCGGCGAAUCUCCCCCACCAAGCGCCCCGGCGGUUCCAAGUACCUCUCCUUCUUGGCCACCCGCUUCUCCUCUGUCUUCCUCCACCGCGGCAGCAAGAAACUAGACCCGUCCGCCGAUCCCAGCAUCAGCAUUCCCGCCCCUCCUCCUCAUCCGACUAAGCGAGCAAACUCCUCGUCCUCGUCGUCGGCAAAGGAGGUUAUCAAGAAGUACGUCAAGAAGGUAAAGCCGAUCUACGAGAAACUGUCUUUACUGCAGCAGAGGCACAACCAGCAGCAGCCACCACCGCCGCCGCAGCACCAUCAGCGGAAGAAGACAUUCUCCUUCUCGAUCAAGAAGGAAAGAAUGCUCGCUAGUUCGGGCAAAAAGAAUGUCCUGGUUGUUGAUCGCAACAAUGCCCGCGGAAAGAGCAUCGAGCACUCCUACUCCCAGUCCUUCUCCGGCAACCUGCUCGGCCACCCUGCCAGGAAGAAGCAGUGGGCUGCGAGCUGCCCUUCCUCCAUGCGGUCUUCACCCAGCCACUCGGGUCUGCUCUACAUGAGCGGGGGUGGAUUUCCUGAGCCUCCUCCCGCUCUGUCGCUGUCGGCUUCGUCAAUGGAGGAGUUGCAGAGCGCCAUACAAGGCGCCAUCGCCCACUGCAAAAGCUCCAUGAUCCAAGCGAAUCGGAAGAAGGCACCAGAUUUGGCAGGCAACGAGAAGGAGAUCGACAGAUCAUGAGAAGAACACCACUGUACUUGCGUGGCCAAGCCAUUCUGUUUGUGUUUUCGCUUCAGAAAGAUCGAUUAGAUGUCAGUAGUAUUUAGUUUGUCACAACACUGUGAGAUCCACAACAUCUAUCAACACUGUGGAUGCCUUGCCUUGCUUUUCUUUCUCUCCAAUUAAAUUCUUCUCUACAAUC